AUGGGUGGUAUGGCUAAAGCUGUCACCGAGGGUUUACCAAAACGUAGAAUCGAAGAAUCGGCUGCAAGUCGUCAAGCUCGUAUCGAUAGUGGCAUCGAAACUAUCGUUGGUGUAAAUAAAUAUAAAUUAAAAGAGGAGGAGAAAUUAGAUAUUCUUUCAAUCGAUAAUAAAAAAGUUAAAGAGGCUCAAAUCGAACGUCUCAAGAGAAUCAAGGCAACUCGUAACUCUGAAGAGGCAAAGAAAUGUCUUGAAGCCCUCACCGAAGCCGCUAAAACUGGUAAAGGUAAUCUCUUGGAAUUGUCAAUCAAUGCUGCUCGUGCUCGUUGUACCGUUGGUGAAAUCUCUGAUGCUUUGGAGGUUGUUUAUGGUCGUUAUGUUCCAACUCAUUCUUUGGCUAGUGGUGCUUACAAAUCAGCCUAUGGCAAAACUAAUGAAAUCGAUGCCGUCAUUGAUGCCGUUAAAAAAUUCACAAAAGAACAAGGUCGUCCACCAAGAAUUUUAGUUGCCAAAAUGGGUCAAGACGGCCACGAUCGUGGUGCUAAAGUGGUUGCUUCUGGCUUCUCUGAUUUGGGUUUCGAUGUCGAUAUAUCUCCACUCUUUUCCACCGCUAAAGAAGUCGCUAAAAGUGCCGUUGAAAGUGAUGUCCACGUUGUUGGUGUUAGCUCUUUAGCCGCUGGUCAUAAAACACUUGUACCAGAGUUAAUCGAUGAAUUAAAGAAAUUGGAUGCCUCUCAUAUCUCUGUAAUUUGUGGUGGUGUUAUUCCACCUCAAGAUUAUGAUUUCCUUUAUCAACAUGGUGUAGUUGCAAUCUUUGGUCCUGGUAGUAGAAUCACUGAUUGUGCUCUCUCAGUAAUUAAAGAAAUUGAAAAGAAAUUAUCAUUAAAAAAAUAA